CCCGAUUAAUCACGUGAGACCUUCCCGACUCAUUAGGAUCCAAUCUUCCCGCCUUGGCCACUUCAAUGUCCAAACAUCACAUGAGACCUCUGCUCCAAUUCCUCCAUAAUAACCGUUCCUUCUCUUCUUUGGCAGCUCCCGCCAAGAGAAAUCCGCCAUGGAACUCACCCACCAACGUGAUCAUCACCCACCCGGUCCUGCUAACCCUGGAAUCUUGCUCUUCGAUGCCCCAUCUCAAGCAAAUCCAUGCCCACAUGACCCGCACCCGCCUCAUCGCCCACACCUUCCCCGCCAGCCGCGUGCUGGCCUUCUCGGCCCUGUCUGACUCUGCUGACAUGGACUACGCCCGCGCCCUCUUCUCCCAGAUCGAGGAACCCAAUACUUUCAUGUGGAACACCAUGAUCCGGGGCUACUGUAGGGCUGGUGUCCCAUCGAUGGGGAUGCUCUUCUAUCGCCGAAUGGUUCGGGAAUGCGUGGAGAUGGACCAGCGGAGCUUCGUGUUCGCCCUCAAGGCGUGUGAGCUUCUCGGUGGAGUCCGUGUGGGGGAGUCUAUGCAUUGCAGGAUCUGGAAGUUGGGUUUCGAUUGCUAUGUUCUGGUUAGGAACGGAUUGAUUCGGUUUUACUCGAAGUUCGGGUCUCCUGGGCUUGCUCGCAAAGUGUUCGAUGAAAGCACCCUGAGUGAUGUCGUCACAUGGACUUCGAUGAUUGAUGGUUAUGCUAUGAAUAACUUGCCGAACGAGGCUUUGGAUCUCUUCGAUUCGAUGUUGGUGGGCGAGGUUGAGCCGAACGAGGUGACAAUGAUAGCCGUGAUUUCUGCGUGCUCACAGAAAGGGGAUGUGAGCGUGGGGAGAAGGAUUCAUGAAUUUAUAACGAAGGAGAAUUUGAGCUGUCGCCUAACUUUGCUCAAUUCCCUGUUAGAUAUGUACAUCAAAUGCGGUUGUUUGAGUGAUGCGAGAGAGAUUUUUGAGACAUUGGAAACACGGGAUGUCUUCUCGUGGACAAGUAUGGUGAAUGGAUAUGCGAAGUUCGGGGAGUUUGAGUCGGCGAGAAAGUUGUUUGAUGCAAUGCCCGAGAGGAAUGUGGUCUCUUGGAAUGCAAUGAUUGCUGGGUAUUCCCAAAACAACCAGCCGAAGGAGGCCUUGGAGUUGUUCCAAGAGAUGUUAGAAUCUGGUCUGGUUCCGAUAGAGAACACCCUGGUGUGUGUCCUAUCAGCUUGCGGGCAAAUGGGUUGCUUAGAAAUGGGACGAAUAAUUCAUGACCGAUACAUAAAGUCGAAUAAGGUUCGCUUUGGUGUUAUACUAGGAAAUGCCCUGAUUGACAUGUACGCGAAAUGUGGGCAACUGGAUUCAGCGGCAUAUGUGUUUCAUGAAAUGCCUGCUCGAGACAUAGUCACGUGGAACUCUAUGAUCAACGGGUAUGCAGUUCAUGGCCGCGCCAAAGAAGCUCUGCUUCUUUUUGAUCAGCUGAGAAGGAGUGGACUUAAUCCUGAUGAUAUCACUCUCGUAGGCAUCCUCUCUGCUUGCAGUCAUUGUGGAUUGCUGAAUGAAGCCCGAGAAUACUUUGGAGAUAUGGAGAGAGAAUUUGGGAUUGAGCCCAAAGUCGAGCACUAUGCUUGCAUGAUCGACUUAUAUGGCAGAAACGGGCUGCUAGAAGAAGCCCAUGAGUUACUGAUGCAAAUGCCACUGGAGCCGAGCGAAUCUACUUGGGGGGCCCUUCUCAAUGCCAGCAGGAUGCACGGGAACAUCGAGCUUGCUAAGCUUGCUGCAGGAAAGCUCAUCGACUUGGAUCCCAAAGACAGCGGGAUAUACGUUCUUUUGGCUAAUACUUUUGCGAAGGGUAAGAAAUGGAGUGAUGUGAGGGUGAUCAGAAGUGCAAUGAGGGUGAAAAAUGUGAGGAAAGCUCCCGGGCAGAGCUUGAUAGAGGUGGAUGGUGAGUUUCAUGAGUUCGUGGCUGCCGAUGAGGCACACCCUCAAUCGGAAGAGAUUUAUCGGGUUCUAGAGAAUGUGACCUUGCAAUGUGAUUUGGCUUCUCUUUCAAAGGCUUCCAUGAUUAGGUGACUGCCUUGGUUGCUGGUCAGAGAAGUUGACGAUCAUAGCACAAUCGGAUCCCUCGUGUGUCUCGGAGUUAGAGUGAGAGACUGGCAGCAGUCUAUUUAUGGAACUAAACUUGGCCCAAGUUGAAUCACGAGGGAUUACCCACGCGCAAUUGGCGCAGUUCUGUGCUGACACUGUCUAAUGUGCUCCUCAAAUUCUGCCUCCUCUUUAGUUCUCAUCCCUGAAGAAAUCUCUGAAUGCUGCAGACUGCAGAGGCCCUGGGACUCGACACAAAAGCAUAGUAUUUGGCACGAAAAAUGCCCGUGCCCUCAGGGGCGAAACAAUUACCUGUAUUAAUGGUGCUCGCCAGUGCCCUCGGCGGGCCAAGCGGUUACUGUCUUUAUGGUUUUUAGCAUCGUUGA